AUGGCUUACAACUUUGUUUCAACUGUACAGAAGCCUACGGCUGUGACACAUACAGCCACUGGCAAUUUCACCGCUCAUAAUGAGAGGAACCUUGUUGUUGGCAAGGCUACAAAGAUAGAGAUAUUCACAUUAACAGCUGAAGGAUUGAAGCCUGUACUUGAUGUCAGCAUUUAUGGUCGAAUAGCAUCAAUGAAGAUGUUCUUGCCUCCUGGAGAGAAACAAGAACAACUGUUCAUUCUAACUGAGAAGUAUAGAUAUUGUAUAUUAGGUUAUUCGAGCGAGAGAAAGGAGUUGAUUACUGUUGCAUCGGGCAAUGCUGAGGGCGCUAUUGGACGCCCGGCAGAGGCUGGACAGAUUGGUAUAGUCGACCCCGAUUGUGGACUUAUUGGUCUGCACCUCUAUGAGGGUCUGCUUCGCGUGGUACCAUUCAACAGAGAGACCAACAAGUAUGGAGACUCGUUUAUCAUGCGAUUGGAGCAGCUACAGGUGAUAGACAUGGUGUUCCUACACAACUGUCCAAAGCCCACCAUUGCCAUCCUCUCCAAGGACACCCGCGACGCACGCCAUCUCUCAACCUACAUCGUCGACCUACAACAACAAAACAAAGAGUUGAUUGAUGGACCAUGGACACAAGACUCUGUUGAUGACAGCUCAAACAUGUUGAUCGCACUACCAAACGGUGGAUUGUUGGUUGUGGGAGAGGUUCUUAUCACUUAUAUGAGCGCGGUUGGCAAGUCAUCAGUGCCAAGUGUCACCAUUGGACACACAAGACUCACAACAUACGAGCAAGUUGAUAAGGACAGGUACCUGUUUGCUGAUGAUGCCGGCUAUUUAUACCUGCUCAUCUUGGUCACCGCCUCCAGCACGGCUAAGAACAAGGAUAUCUCCAGUAUGAAGUGGGAGCCGCUAGGCGAGACGAGCAUCGCGUCGUCGCUGUCCUACCUCGACAGCGGCGUCGUCUACAUUGGCAGCGCGUCUGGCGACUCACAACUCAUCAGUCUGUGCUCGGAGAAGGACCCCGAGACCGACUCGUACAUCAGAGUGUUGGAGCACUUUACCAACCUCGGUCCCAUCCUCGACUUUUGCGUCGUGGACAUGGAGAAGCAGGGCCAGGGACAGUUGGUGACAUGUUCCGGCACGUUCCAAGAUGGCUCAUUGCGCAUCGUUACCAACGGCAUUGGCAUUGCCGAGCAGGCGUCGAUCGAGUUGGCCGGUAUCAGAGGUCUGUGGGCCCUGUCUUCAGGCUCGAGCGGUGACAUGCAUCGCUACCUCAUACUCUCAUUCAUCAACUCGACCAAGGUGUUGGCGUUCUCUGGUGAGGACAUUGAAGAGACUGAGAUCGCAGGCUUUGAUUGCAACGCACCAACACUAUACAUUGGCAACCCGGAUAAGGAUCACUACCUUCAGAUCGCGACCACUGGCAUCUACCUUGUCAACUCAUCCACAUUAAUGAGAGCUGAUCUCUACAAGCCCAAAGGUUCUAUCAACUUGGCAUCAUGCAAUGGCAAACAAAUCCUCAUCUCCCAGGGCAACAACCUGAUAUACAUUGAGAUCCAAGAUCAAAGUCUUGUUGUUGUCAAGGAGACACAACUACAGUAUGAGAUUUCAUGUUUGGACAUAUCAUUAUUGGAUGGCUUUGACAAGGCAACGAUGUGCGCUGUUGGACUGUGGACUGACAUUAGUGUGCGAUUGCUAUCACUGCCAACAUUGACAGAGGUGUACAAGGAGACACUUGGAGGUGAGAUCCUACCAAGAUCACUGAUGUUUAUCACAUUCGAGGGCAUCAAUCAUCUGCUGUGCACGCUGGGCGAUGGUCAUCUCUUCAACUUCACUCUCGACCUCGACACCAGCACACUGAACGAGCGCAAGAAGAUAUCGUUGGGCACCACUCCAGUGCUGCUCAGCAAGUUCAAGCUAAAGAACAACGUCAAUGUGUUUGCCUCGUCCGACCGGCCCACAGUGAUCUACAGCAGCAACAAGAAGUUGCUGUACUCUGUCGUCAACAUGAAGGUGGCGUCGCACGUCUGCUCGUUCAACUCGGAGGCUUUCAACGACUGCAUUGCCAUCGCCACCGACACCUCUCUGUCCAUCGGCAAGAUCGACGACAUCCAACGUUUGCACAUCAGGACCGUUCCCCUGGGCGAGAUGGCCCGACGCAUAACAUACAUCGAGGAGAAUCAAUGCUAUGGAGUGAUCACAAUCAGACGUAGCGACAACGACCCAUCGCAGGUCCAGAACAAUAUCAAGCUCCUCAACUCACAGACGUUUGACUGCAUGUCCAAGUUCGAGCUCCAGGAGCUCGAGUAUGGAUGGUCGAUCGUCACCUGUCGCUUCAAGACAGAGAGCGACGCGCUGUUCCUCGUGGUGGGCACGGCAUUCCACAGCGAGAAGGACAUGUCCAAGGGCAGAAUCCUUGUAUUCAAGAUCGAUGACAACAAGCUGUUCCUGGUGCAUGAGCUCCCGCUGAUGGGCUGCGCCUACUGUCUGCUGCCAUUCAACGGACGUCUGUUGGCAGGCAUCAACAAACGUGUGCAAUUGUUUGGAUGGGAUGCAAUCAACAACAAGCUGACCGCCGAUCACGUCUACAACGGCCAGACACUCAGCAUCCACCUCGCUUCGCAUGGACACUUUGUGCUCGUUGCAGAUCUGAUGAAGUCCAUGACACUGCUGUGUGAGGAGCCCAGUGGCGGCAUCAAGGAGAUUGCCCGCAAUCCCCAGCCAUUGUGGCCAUCUCGUGUUGAGAUGAUCGACGAUGAGAACUUCAUUGGCGGCGACAACUCUUACAAUCUGCUGGUGGUUCAAAAGAACGACGACGCCACUAGCGAGGUGGAGAACUCAUUACUCGACAGUGUUGGACACUUCCAUCUGGGCGAGCAGAUUAACCGUUUCGCACAUGGAUCAUUCGUCACGAUACCCGACCUUGAGAACACAAAGAUACCGACCAUCCUCUUUGCCACGGUCAGUGGCGCCAUUGGUGUCAUUGCAUCAAUCACCAAAGAGGACUACGAAUUCUUUGAGCAACUCCAAAAGGGUUUGAACAAGGUCAUUCAAGGUGUAGGAAGAUUGUCACAUGAGGAUUGGAGAUCAUUCAGUACAGAGCAUUUGACACAGAGUUCAAGGAACUUUAUUGAUGGUGACCUAAUUGAGAUGUUCAUGGACUUGAGACAUGACAAGAUGCUGGAAGCAAUCAAGGAUAUGGAUGUAUCGAUCGAGGACACUUACAGAAAGAUUGAAUCAAUCAUGCAACAUAUUAGAUAA